CUCACUCCAAACACUUGCUAAAAGCAUGCAAUGGUUUUUGCAGCUGCCUUGCAGUUUAGGAAGGAUCAAGUCACAGAGGUGUGGAUCAGAGAGCUGUGGUUCCUGAGUGGCUGAGGCAGCCAUGAGUAGUCGGGAGGUGGUCGUUCUGAUUGUGGGAGGUGUGAGGUUUGUAACCCGGGCUUCCACCUUGCAGCAGUUCCCUGAGUCCAGGCUGGCACGCAUGGUGAGUGACGAUGACCGGGAAUUUAAACUGGUGAAUGGAGAGUUUUUUGUGGACAGAGAUGGAGCUUUGUUUAGUUACAUCAUGGACUUCUUGAGGACUCUCCAGGUGUCCUUACCAACUGAUUUCUCAGACUAUCAGAGGCUGCAGAGAGAAGCAGAAUUCUAUGGACUCUACUCCCUGGCCAACCUCCUGAGCCAAGAACAUUUGCUGAAGCCUAGGCUGGAGAUCUUGGAAGUGCGUUUUUCUCUCCAAAAAAUGCAGGCCUUUUUCCGGAUCUUUGGUUCCUGCAGUACCACCAUUGAGGCACUAGCUGAGCAGAUCACUGUGUUUACAGGGCAGCAGUCAGGACAGGGCUGGAACAGCCCUUUUCCUUCCCAGAAACCACUCGUUCCACUUCCUUUGGAAAGACCCUCUCAUCAUGAUAUGGUUUUUCUGUGUGGGACUGAGUAUUCUGCUGGUGACCAGUUCGUGGCCAGGUAUGUUUCCAUAAAGCCUGAUAAGAGAAAGCUGAUUAAUGGUACUAACGUGCUGGGCCUGCUGCUUGACACUUUGCUCAAAGAUGGAUUUCGCCUCAUAAGCACCAGGACAGUUCCCAGUGAAGAGAAGGCUGAAUGCUACACUUUUGAAAGGAUGAAGAGGGCAGCAGGCCUUGCCAUCAUGGUGAACCAAACCCCAGGGAGCUCUGGGGUAGCACAGGCAAGGAGAAGCCAAGUACAGAAAGGGAAAUAAGGGCUUUUCCUUCCAUCUUUUGAAUAUAGAAGAGGGAUGUGUCAGCA